AUGACUGAUAAAGAACCUGUUCUAACAAGAACUGACUCUCAUAGUUCUCAAAUAACAACAUCAACAGGUGUUCAAGUCCAACAUGAAUUACAUGGUCAAAUAGCAGCAAUAAAUGAUCAUGAUCCUAAUGAACCCUAUAUUGACAUCACUGUUCAUUUAACUCCAAAAGAACAAAAACGUCGUUCAAAAUGGUGGUAUAAAACUGCUGCUUUCCUUUGGGAUUCUGCAGAUAAACAUCCAAAUGAACGAAGUUUUUUAUUUAAAUUAGAUUUUUUCCUUAUGAGUUCUGCAAUGUUGGGAUAUUUUAUCAAGACUUUAAAUCAAACAAAUAUUAGAACAGCAUAUGUUAAUGGUAUGAAAGAACAUUAUAACAUGUCUGGGAAUCAUUAUAAUUUAUUAAAUACAUUAUGGACCGUGGGGUAUAUCAUUGGUCAAGUUCCUUCAAAUUUAAUCUUACAUAGAAUCAGUGCAAGAUAUUAUUUAGCAGGUUUAGAAAUAACAUGGGCCAUCUUAACAGUUUUAAUGAUUUUACCAACAAAUAUGGCUGGAUUAUAUGCAAUUAGAUUUUUAAUUGGUCUUACUGAAGCUGGUUAUUUCCCUGGGUUAGAAUAUCUCUUAGGUUCAUGGUAUUCAUCAGCUGAAUUGAACAAAAGAUCAACUUUAUUCGCAUGUGCUGGUACUGCUGCUGGUCUUAUCUCUGGUCCUUUACAAGAAUCUGUAUUACAUGCUACAUUUACUCAAGGUUCCAAAUGGGCUCCAUUUCAAUGGAUGUUUAUAUUUGAUGCUGUUAUCUCUGCACCUGUUGGAUUCUAUACAUUAUUUGCAGAUCCAAAUACUCCAUCAACAACAUCUGCUUGGUUUUUCAGUGAACGUGAUGUUCUUGUUGCUUUGGAAAGAAGAAGAAGAAUUGGUGCUCAAUUAAAUACAAGAGAAUCUUAUACCUGGCCCAAGAUUAAAAGUUUUUUCAAUACAUGGCAUAUUUGGGUUUUCCCAUGGUUAUUUUUCUGUUUUAGAUUGGUUAAUGUUGCAAGUUCAUCCCAAGGGUUCCAAUUAUGGAUGAAGACUGAUUUAAAAUUAAGUAGUUAUCAAUAUAAUAUUUAUCCAACUGGGAUUGAUGGUGGUGGUAUUGGAUACGCUAUAGUUGCAGCAUAUAUUAAUGAUUAUCAUAAGAAUAGGUUAACAGUGUAUUUUUUGUUAUUUAUGUUUAUAUCAGGAGUUGUUAGUUAUGGAGGAUUAUCAUAUUGGAAUAUUAAUACUGGAUUUAAAUGGUUUUGUUUUUUCUUUUAUUCAAUUGCAAAUUCUCCUGGUCAAAGUAUGAUUUUCAGUUGGGUUAAUAAAAAUUUAGCUUAUGAUGAUAUGAAGAGAAAUUUCUUAGUUGUUAUAACAAAUGUUGUUAGUUAUAUAUUUACCGCGUGGAUUUCAUUAGUUGUCUUCAAUCAAGACGAUGCACCUGAGUUCCAAAAGGGGUAUAUUUUCGUUACUUGUAUCAGUGGGCUUGGUUUGAUCUUAACUGCGUUAUCAUGGGUAUUGUUGAAAAGAGAUGAUGUUAGAUAUUUGAAAGAACAUGGUCAUGCUAGAGAUAUUCAUGAUGGUAAUGCAGAAAUUAUUUUGGAUGAUGAGUCUACAAAUGCUGAUGAUUCGCAAGAAUUUGAAGAGAAGACAAAGAGGAAAUAG